GUCAUCUGCUCACCAUCCAUUUACACCCACAACCCUCUUUUCUAUUCAAUCAUGCUUCCCAUUCCUACACCGGACGGAGAUUCCACGUUAUGACAUACGUAAUUCUCGACAAUCUGUAAGGCUUUCCACCGGUACAGUUGAAAUCUUGGGGCGAAACCUUAGUGCUGAAAAUCACUCCGCUCGAGGCAAAGUGAGGCUGGCGCGGGACAAUCUACUGCUCACCCCCAACCGGUCUGUGAGGCACCUCGCCAGCCUGAUGUUGGCCAGCGUGAUGGCACUUCGCUAGCGAGCCUUGGAGAGCCUAGAUACAUCCCGCUCUAUGAGACGAUUCGAUGAUGGCUUUCUUCAUCUCCAUCAGAACGUUUGCUGGUGUCUCAUUCUUCUCAACCGGUGAUCGGGCUCGGACAGCUGUCCAACGCAGAGGAUGCAGUGGCUUCGCACCACCACUCUUUUGAUUUGCUGCGCUUUGCGGGCUCUUAAGGCUGUCGCGCAGUGCGAAGUUUCGAUCUACACUAUCUUACGCGAUGGCGACUCAUGGACCUACUGUUCCCCCUUCGCCCUGGUCCGGACUGUCACGGUCGACGCAAAUGGAUGUGUUUACACGACCUUAGACAACUCUUACGACGUGGGCGCCGUCUUCACAACGAUCAAUGAUGGGUGCAUAGGCGGGAUCUACAUGGUUGCUACUGGCUACAAUAAGACGGCCGUUUUCGAUGCAGAUUGUUCAAACGCUUUUGGUCACCUCUUGACGGUAGACCCGAAUUAUACCGACGUAUGCAUGGUGCCGGUGCAGUGGCCGGGCCACGGCAAUCCCAGUUCAAACAUUGGCGGAGUGGUGUGUCUUUGUGACGGUGUCUCCUCUUGGUCAACGACAAGCACAGCGCAUUUCACCAAUCCAGCGUACCCGACAUCCGUAUCAGAAAGCACCAGCUACCUGACCGUCUUCAUUAACGAAGCCUGGGUCUCCAGUGUGGAAGCGGUCCCAACGGAAACUCUAGCGACAAAUACUGUUUCCACGACUUCGCCGUCGUCCACUUCCUCUUCCUCCUCCCCCUCCCCCACAAGCGCUUCAGCAAGUUCCACCAGCGACUCCGAUGGAGGCAACGCGCUCCAGGCGACCAGCAACAAGAUCGCAUUAGGUGUUGGGAUUGGCAUUGGACUGCCGGCGCUCUUGGUGGCGAUCAUUGGCGUAUGCAUGAAAAGGAGACACUAGUUGACCAAGCCACCGUAUAGCCGAUACGCGUUAUUAUGACGUUGUGGAGGUAGUUAUCAUACCUACCUCUGGCACAUGAUUGGAAGUGGACAUGAAGUCGAAGGGCCAGGUGGGCACCUAUACUCUCCAAGUAUAUAGUGUGGGCAGGGACUGGAAGACACAACCCUGAACGCCUCUGGUGUACAUUGAAGAACUAAUAUAGACCAUAGCAGUGUAGAACCUGCUUGAACGGUGUCGGCCUAAUACCAG